AUGUUUGAUUAUAUCGCUCUAAAUCUGAUUUGUUGCCUGCUGAUAAAACUGCCGAGUACAGUUGCAAGUGAGAGGAAGAAUUUAUGCCCUGUAUUUGCUGAGUUUUACGAAUUUAAAAGACAUUUUGAAGCCAUAAAGGAUGUUUUGGUAAAUAUCUACAGUUUUUUUUAGCUGCUCUAACAUCAAGAACAGAACUUUAUAGUCCAGAACACUGUGUUAUCUACGUUCCUUCUUUCUGUUGUUUUUUUUUUCUAUAUUAAAUGUAUAACUUUAUGUGUUUAUGUAAGAAAUAUAAACUAAAACUACCAUAAAAUGUGUGGUUGUUUAAAUAUUCAUCCUGUAACAAUGUGCAAUAUUUAAUUGUGUCAUUUAUCACAAAUAAGGACCACAACAUGUAAAAAUGAAAAAGUCACCAACAGUGAGACAACUGAUUAACUAAAGUUAAAUAAUACAAAAAAUACAUAUUUAUCUGCAUUGAUGACCAAUUAUAAGGAACAUUUACUAAACAAUGUAAAAUGGAUAAGAAAAUAUAGUAUAGUCUUUUUCAUAGUGCUGUAUCAUCACCUCUCUAAUGUCUUGCCGUGCUAUUCCCACGAGUAUUUGAAUACGGCCCUAGCAUAAGUCUAACCAUUUAACCAAUAUGACAAAAUAGGGAAUAUGAUCAGAAAUAUUCUUUUACUUCUAUGAUCGCAGUUUGAGUAAUUAAAAUGACAGGUAUGUGAGGCAUGCAUCUCCAAUGAUGACCAUGCAUUUAAUGGGGAAAUUGUUUUUAAAUAAUUUGGGUGUGCAUUUAGUUUAACAAAUUGAACUUAAGAAGUGAUUGCAGGAGCACUAUCCAGAGAAUCUUUUUAAACAUUGUGUUAUUCCUUAUUCAGCACAAUGAAGAUCUGAUUACAGACAUCAGCCUUCUGAAAGCCAACACACUAAACAACAUACAUGUAAGUAGACUGUUUGUUUUUUUAAAGCUGUUUAGCAUUGCUGUUUUUGUUAAUCCACAUUCUGCUACAUAACAUGGCAUAACCUGAUUUCUACCACCCUUUUUGCCUUUGAAUUGAAUUGUGGCAAAAUUAUAUAACUGUAUUGAACUGAAAGAAGCCAAACAAUAGGCAGAAGAUGUGUUUUAGGGAAAUACUUGGAUUUUCUUGCAAUCAUAACUAGAUAUUUAUGUAUAUUUAGAUCUCAGAAACAAAUGGACACCACCAUCAGCUAUAUAUAUAUGUGUAUAUAUAUAUAUAUAUGUAUAUAUAUAUAUUAAACAGUCUUAAUCGGUUUAUUAUGUAUUAUUUGUGUGUUCUCUGUAUACUCUACUGACUACCGUCUGCUCUAUAAGAGAGUACAGCAGACAACGCAGCUGAAUGAGAUAGGGAAUUAUCUACAGGGGGCAUGGCUAACAGUGUGGUUGCUUAUUAAAACCAAUCAGCAUGAAGAUAUGUGGAGAUACGUGUAGUGUAGUUAAGCUUACUAAUAGCAAAGUGGCAUGCAGUAGAAGUGGGCAAGUUGGCUUAAUUUCUGAUGAUGUAACACAUUAAUAAUACUAAUUUAUUUCAAUCUUUGUAAUUUUAUUUUUUUAUAUUUUACUAUGUGUGUUUUAACGAUCUGUACAUUAAAUGUAAAGCUAAACUGUUGACAGUUUUCUUACAUAAUCCACAAACGUGAACAAAGCCUUUGUCAUCUCCUUAAGUGAUAUUGGAACUGGAUGUAUUUGACUCUGUUUAGUCUCUUCAGGAAGAAAGAAUGCUGUGACUUCAGCCAUGUCAGAAAGAUAAUAUAUAAGCAAAUUGGAAAAACAGUCCAGUACUCCUUUUACUAAUAUCAGUCUUUUUUAAAAAUGCCUCAAAAGGUACAGGACCCAAAAAAAUAGUAUCCAACCUUUAUCAAGUCAUACAUCUUCUGGGAAGUGGUAUUGAUUACUGUACUGAUCCAUUCUUGUAUAUGUUUACCAGGUUGCAUAGCAACAUUACAUUCACUAAAUACACACCCCUUCUUUGCCACAUCGUCAAGUUAUGUCCUACUGGAAAAAGUUGUGUUGCUUAAGUGAAUGAAUAGUUUAAAAAAGUUAGGGUGUGGGUAAAACAGAUCUGACUCAACCAAUACAGCAGUAGCCUUUGUGUCUUGUGUCUUGUCUUUUAUAUUGUUCUGAUAUUUGGUAGAAGUUAUUUAUAUAUUGGGUAUGUUUUUCUGCUUUAACAGACUGAAUACUAGUUCAUUCAUAUGGAUUUAAUAAUGUUUAUAUAUUUCAGGCUUCUGAACAUUGCUGUUUCCUACUCAAGAUAGGACAAUUCUAUUUGGCCAAUGUAUUCCCCAAUGUAAGCGAUAGGUCAAAAACCUUACAGAGACAUUUUAGCCACUUGGCAAACUCAGUUCUUGGCCUGAAGAUUGAACUCAAGCACUGUGUAAGUAUUAAAUCUAUAUGAUCUCAUAAUAUCUUUAAAAGUAUUUUGCCAUCAUACCCUACCGUGCAUUAACAAUCUAUACAUUUAACCUUGUAAUUUAAAUCAAAAGAUUAAAUAUCUAUCAAUAAAACUAGCACUUGUUAUAUAUUAUUUUUGCAUAGUUCCAUUUUUAAAUUCAAAGACAUACAUGUAAGCCAAAUUGUAAAAUUCUUUAUGUUUUAGAGGUUCCUAAUCUAAAGUGAAGUUACAUUUAUUUUUUCACCUUUUUUUGCACAUUUUUUCAGCAUUCCCCUAGCUUUACACUUGUGCUUUACAGUGUUUUUAUUUUUCUAAAAACACUUUAGACACAACAGGGUAAUCCCUAAAUCCUGGACUGUUAGGGGGUACUUGAGGACUGGGUUGGGAACCACUGCUCUAGAGUGCCACUUUUUAGAAAAGGUAUUAAAUGCAGCAGAUUUAAUCCCUUAUUUUAUUCCAGCAAUCAACCAUGAGAUGCCCAUGUGGAAUGUAUUCUCAUCAGAUUGUGGAGGAUAUGAAAGCUGAAUUUUACAAGGUAUUUAUCUAUGGAAUCUUGCAGGACUUCCUUAAUCCUCCAUUUUAUAUUCUUGAUUUUAAGUGUAACCUCUGUGCAUGUUGUGAUUUUUAGAAGAGGGCUGAAGAGUAAAGAUAAAAACAUGGAAGCGAAAUAAAAAGUGUAGACAUUUUCUACUGAGUGUAAGUGUGCCCAACUAACUUCAAACUAUUUUACAAGCCAUUUUUAAUAUCUGGCUUUUAUUUACUAGACAUCGAACCAUAGUAAACUGAAAACCAAAUUCAAAAUGAUGGCUAAAUGUAGCCUUUGAUUAUAGCUGAAUAGGAGAUUUUUUGCCAAAUCUGAGCUAUUUUCUAAAAUAUAUAAACUUUCAAAAAAUGUAAAAUGGACAAAGAGGGACUCUUUCAUUUUAGGGGUGUGAGCAACUGGUGUGUGGCCUGAGGCGGGGCUGUUCUGAAAAAAAACUGUAUUGUAUUUGCACAGACUAAUUUUUAAGUACAUUUACUGUAGUUUAAAUACACAUUAAUGUGAGUAUUAUUUCUAUAAAGAUCUGGUAUAAAUUCAGACAAAACCAAGUAUAAAUAUAUUUUACAAAAGGGAAGCAUAAGAUAGAUUUGGACCAAAAAUAGUGGUUGUCCCUCAUAUAUGCCACACUUGGGAGUUAUGCUGUUUGGAGAAUAGUGACUAAAUCCCAAUGUGUUUUGGUUAGAACAGAUUGUCAGAAUAUACUAGUAAAGUUUUAGGCGGUAAUAUUACUAUAAGGCAAUGCUCCAGUGUGUUUUAAGAAAAAUAUUGUAUUGAUAAAUCUGUUAUGAAUUAGGUUUGCAUAAAAUUAAAGCCACCAGUGCAUAUCAUUGUGUCACCAGUGUAUGUCUUUGUAUUUUUUUUAGUUAGACAUGGAAGCUGCCUCUUUGAAAGCUGUGGGUGAGCUAAACAUUUUGUUUAGCUGGAUGGAAAGACACUUCCUGAUUUGA